AUGCCCCUCUGUGAUUAUUGGCACUUGUUCACUCUCUCCGCCUCUCUUUCUCUCACUCUCCAUUGCAAUUCUCUGAUAUUCCUCUUGAACUCUCACGCUCUCGACGCUGCUUCAUUUUCAGUUGGCUGUGGAUUCUUGGCACCUUCUGGCAGUGAUCCGUCCCGCGCUUGACCUACAGAAUCUGAGCUAUUCACAGCAGUCCACUACUCUCAGCGCUUCUCAAUUUGUGGAUUAGAAAAACUGAUUAUUGAAACACUCAACUACUGGGCGAGGAAGAGAACAAAGGCGAGGAUUCGUCGUCAACAAAGAAUGUUCGAGACGCUCAAGAAGCCGAACUGGAUUCGCCAUUUCUUUCAUCAAAUCUGCAAUCUCUACAGCCUUUUAUUAUCACCACCAGCAACGAGGAUAUCUCCCCAAUGGACCCACAGCCUGACUCCCCCAUUCCUCACCACCAGCAACACUGCAGACCUCAUCUGCCGUUUCCUACUCUUCCAAGCCACCAUAUUUCCCAAAAUCGUUACCGACAUCGAAGGGGAAGGAAAAAGAUCCGUCCUAAUUCUAGUUCUAGCUCAAGUUCCACAUCAUCGUCAUCGUCUCAGUCGACCUCCGUCCAGGAGCUGGACUUGCAAUUUGCAGCCCUUCGUUCCUAGCAGCUUUAGGAAAUUUGAGGAGUUGUAUUAUGCUGGCGUUGCAGUACUUUUUAGUGGACCUAGUAACGAACUCGCUUUUGGACUUAUUAUCACAUAUUUUCUUAGCUCGAAAGAAAAUUUUAAUUUCAGUAGUAUGUUUAGUUUGUAUAAGCUGUGA